UGAGCGCUGUUAGCUGAGACAUCAGUUCUUCGGCAACAACAUGUUCCACUCCAAGCUCCAUCUUCUCCUCAGCGUUGCCAGUGUCCUGGGUACCCUGCACACGGCUCAGGCCCAGUACGAUCUAUAUGGGGACCUAUCCUACGGCAGCUCGGUAGAGUCGCAGUUGGACUACGUAUUCACGGACAGCUACUACGACGUCAUCUGCCCGCCCGGUGGCUCCCCGGUGUGCGCCACGGAUGGCCGCCAGUACCAGCGGUUCUCCAGCAAGUGCCGCCUGGACUCGCAAAACCUUAAGCUGCUCUUCGCCGGCAAUCCGGAACUGACUCAAACUGAUCUCAACUACUGCUCCUCGUACUCUGCUCUGGCUCCUUCGCCCUACUAUCUGCGCCCCCAACCGACGCACGCCACCCACUACUCUUCGAUCACAGGCUCAAACUCAUUCGCCUAUGCCGCGGCCAACGGUCCCUAUGGCGCCAAGGCAGUCGCUGAGGCUUCCGGUCCAUAUCCCGUUGGAUCCUCUUCCUAUCCCGUGUAUUCGAAAAGCGGUCCGGCGUACAGGGCCUUUGAUGGAGCGUAUCCUAAAACUACUGCGGCUCCGGCCCGUGGAUCCACAGUGGUAACUACCAAGGCAACUCGUUAUCCUUCUAGGUAUCCCACUGCGGCUCCAACUUCUGCCCCCACUACUCCUCCUACGCCUGCAACUACUGAUGCAACCACUGAUGCAUCAACUGCUGCUCCAACAAAGACAUCGACGACUGCCCCAACAGAUGCAUCGACUGCUCCUCCAACGGCAGCACCCACCGAUGCACCAACCGUUACUACAACGGUAGCACCUACUGAUGCAUCAACGGUCGCUUCUACGACCACACCCACCGAUGCACCAACCGCCGCUCCAUCCUCUGUUGCCACCGAUUCCACAACCGCCACUCCCACGGCUGCACCCACGGCUGCUCCCACGGCUACUUCCACGGCUGCUCCCACAGAUGUUACCACGCAAGCCACAACCGUGGCUCCCUCCGGCGAUCUGGUGAUCACGGAGACAGACGGUUUGGCUACAACCACCACCACCGUGACGCCGGGCACGAUCGACACCUGUUCCGAUACCUUUACCACCUUGACCAUCGUCGUGGAUGGAGUGACGACCACAGUGAGUGGCUGCAAGACCGUGACAACAAGUUGAGCAGUAGCGAAUAAAUGUGGAGAACCAGCAGCACGAUAACGACACCAAUAGAAACCAUAGAUUCAAUAAUUCGAAAUAAUUGCAAUCGAUCCACGGCAAUGUGUAGCGUGUUCCAUUUAAUUUAAUAAAACUAUUAGUACAGCCCCACAAA